UAAACACGGAACACGGAAGAAAUAAGGAAAAAAGGAAUAAUAGCGACUGCCAGGAAGUGUAAGUGGUGUUUUCCUUAUUAAAAUUUUCAAUAUUUGCUGAACAUAUUAUAUUUCAGGGGAAGUAUUAAUUGUAAUAAUGGUUUUGGAAAGUACUAUGAUAUGUGUUGAUAACAGCGAUUAUAUGAGAAAUGGGGACUUUGUUCCCAGCAGAUUACAAGCACAGCAAGAUGCUGUGAAUUUAGUAUGUCACUCAAAAACACGAUCAAAUCCUGAAAACAAUGUGGGGUUGUUAACUUUGGCAAAGGUUGAGGUAUUAGCUACUUUGACUAGUGAUGUUGGACGAAUUCUAUCGAAAUUACAUCAAAUCCAGCCUGAUGGUGAAAUAAAUCUGCACACUGGAAUUAGAAUUGCUCAUCUUGCUCUCAAACAUCGUCAAGGCAAAAACCAUAAAAUGCGCAUAGUUGUUUUUGUUGGUAGUCCUGUAGAAAAUGAAGAAAAAGAGUUAGUCAAACUAGCCAAGAAGCUCAAAAAAGAAAAAGUCAACGUUGAUCUUAUUAGCUUUGGGGAAGACGCUUUAAACUCCGAGAUCCUUACUAAUUUUGUGAAUACUUUGAAUGGGAAGGACGGUACUAGCAGCCAUCUGGUAACAGUUCCCCCUGGACCUCAUCUGUCUGAUGCUUUGAUUUCGUCUCCAAUUAUCCAGGGAGAGGAUGGAACAGGAGGUGCUGGCCUUAGUGCAUCAGGCUAUGAAUUUGGAGUUGAUCCCAAUGAAGAUCCCGAAUUGGCUUUGGCCUUGCGAGUCUCCAUGGAAGAGCAACGCCAAAGGCAAGAAGACGAGGCUCGUAGAGCUAAAGAUGUUGCUGGAACAGAAACUGGUACUAAAACGGAGGCAAUCAAAGAGGAGCCCACCGAAGAAGCCCUAUUAGAGAGGGCUUUAGCCAUGUCAAUGGAACAAGGCGAAGAACAAAGUACAACUAACAGCGCAGCAGUUGAUUUUGCUAACAUGACUGAAGAUGAGCAGAUCGCAUUUGCCAUGCAGAUGUCCAUGCAAGAUGCCCAAGAGUCCUCAACUAGUGCUCCUCCAGCUAAAGAAGAACCUAUGGAAGUUGAAGCAGAUGAAGAUUAUUCUGAAGUAAUGAAUGAUCCAGCCUUUUUGCAGAGUGUUCUAGAAAAUUUGCCAGGUGUUGACCCUCAAUCAGAGGCGGUACGUCAAGCUGUCGGCAGUUUGAAAGAUAAGAAGAAAGAAGAUAAACCUGACGAAAAAAAGAAAAAGUAAACUUCAAUUCAGUAGCAUACAAAUUCUUAUUCAAUAUAUUUGCUAUUCAAAAAGUAUGACACGAGUAGAUUUGAAAUAAUCUUGAAUUAAUGUUGUGGGAUUGAAUGUAUUGAAACUACAAUUUCAACAUUAAUCCAAUCUGCUAUUUCAACUUCACUGUUUGUGGUAACAUUUCUAGAAUAUUAUUUGCAAAAAAAUUGA